UUUCCCUUUUCUUGUCAUUCAGUAUUGAUACGCGGGAUUGGCAGACCUGAAGACAGAAAUUCCUCAUAUAGCUGCAGAACAGGUAAUUAAAUGUCUUUACUGUGGAGCUCUGCUUUGUUGGAAUGCUUGGAUGCACUGCAGCUCCUCCUGUAGCUUUCUUUUGUCUGCCCCAUUGUGAGAAGAUGGCAAAAGUAAACAUUACUCAAGACCUCAUCCACAGGCAGAUCAAGGAGAAAGGCGCCCUGGGCUUUGAGCGGCACUAUCAUGUCACUGACCCAUUCAUCCGACGUCUGGGCCUCGAAGCAGAGUUGCAGGGUCACUCUGGAUGCGUCAACUGUCUAGAAUGGAAUGAGAAAGGAGACUUGCUGGCUUCUGGUUCUGAUGACCAGCACACCAUUGUCUGGGAUCCCCUGCAUCACAAGAAGCUUCUUUCUAUGCACACGGGGCAUACUGCAAAUAUCUUCUCUGUCAAGUUCUUGCCACAUUCAGGGGAUCGGAUCCUCAUCACAGGGGCUGCAGACUCCAAGGUGCAUGUUCAUGACUUGACUGUCAAGGAAACCAUCCAUAUGUUUGGCGACCAUACCAACAGGGUGAAGCGUAUUGCUACUGCUCCUAUGUGGCCCAACACGUUUUGGAGCGCAGCCGAGGAUGGGCUAAUCAGGCAAUAUGAUCUGCGAGAGAACAGCAAACGCUCAGACGUCCUGAUAGACCUGACCGAAUACUGUGGGCAGCUGGUGGAGGCCAAGUGCCUAACUGUCAACCCUCAGGAUAACAAUUACCUAGCGGUGGGAGCCAGUGGGCCCUUCGUACGGCUCUAUGACAUACGCAUGAUCCACAAUCACAGAAAAAGCAUGAAGCAGAGUCCUUCGGCGGGAGUCCACACCUUCUGUGACCGGCAGAAACCCCUUCCGGAUGGUGCAGCACAGUACUACGUGGCAGGGCACCUUCCAGUGAAGCUCCCCGACUACAACAACCGACUGAGAGUUCUAGUAGCCACAUAUGUCACCUUCAGCCCUGAUGGGACAGAGCUAUUGGUCAAUAUGGGAGGGGAACAGGUCUACUUGUUUGACCUGACUUACAAACAGCGACCGUACACUUUUCUCCUGCCAAAGAAGUGCCACUCUUCAGGGGAAGUGCAGAAUGGAAAGACAUCAGCCAAUGGAGUGUCAAACGGCAUCCAUCUCCACAGCAAUGGAUUCAGACUGUCUGAGGGAAGAACACCUCUCAGUCCCCAGAUGGAGCUGCCUCCAUACCUGGAAAAAAUAAAGCAGCAAGCCAAUGAGGCAUUUGCAUGCCAGCAGUGGACUCAAGCCAUCCAGCUGUACAGCAGAGCAGUUCAGAAAGCACCCAACAACGCCAUGCUGUAUGGAAACAGAGCUGCUGCCUACAUGAAGCGCAAGUGGGAUGGAGAUCAUUACGAUGCUUUAAGAGACUGCUUGAAGGCCAUCUCCUUGAACCCAGGCCACCUGAAAGCCCACUUCCGCCUGGCCCGCUGUCUCUUUGAACUGAAGUAUGUGGCAGAAGCGCUGGAGUGUCUGGAUGACUUCAAGGGGAAGUUCCCGGACCAGGCGCAUAGCAGCGCUUGUGACGCGCUGGACCGAGACAUCAAUGCCGCCCUCUUCUCGAAAAGUGAUAAUGCUGAAGACAAGAAAGGGGGCGGGCCAAUUCGGCUGCGAGCAACCGGGCGCAAAGAUUCCAUCUCGGAUGACGAGAUGGUGCUCAGGGAACGCAGCUAUGACUACAAAUUCCGGUACUGUGGCCACUGUAACACCACCACAGACAUCAAGGAGGCCAACUUCUUUGGCAGCAAUGCGCAGUACAUAGUCAGCGGCUCCGACGAUGGCUCUUUCUUCAUCUGGGAGAAAGAAACUACCAACCUGGUGCGGGUGCUGCAGGGGGAUGAGUCUAUUGUGAACUGUCUCCAACCCCAUCCAAGUUACUGCUUCCUGGCCACCAGCGGCAUUGACCCAGUUGUACGGCUCUGGAAUCCCAGGCCUGAGACGGAAACCCUCAAUGGGCGUGUAGUGGAAGACAUGGAAGGUGCUUCCCAAGCUAACCAGAGACGAAUGAACGCAGACCCCCUGGAGGUGAUGUUGCUGAACAUGGGCUACCGUAUCACAGGACUGACCAGUGGGGGGGCUGGAGGCUCAGACGAUGAAGACAGCUCAGAGGGGCAAGUCCAGUGCCGGCCCAGCUAAAGCAGAACUGCUUGUCCUUCCUGUAAUUGUUUUGUUGAAGGGGAACCUGACUUCCUUGGUUCUAACCUUUCUCUGACUGCACUGUUUCACACUAUGCACAGAGUAGGACAAGCUGGCAGGGGCAGGAGCGGCCUUCCCAUCAAACCACCGCCACCACCUCUCCCUCUCCUCCCCGUCACACUACUGAGCAGCAUGGCAAUGCAGUCUGGGUUUGGCCUUUAGUGGAAUUUAGUCCCUGCAGGGAUUUUGAGUUGUCUGUGAGCAGUAUAACCUGGUGACCUUCUCCAGUGUGAGCUGGAAGAAGGGGCAGUGGCUACAUUCAUGCGUUUGCAGAGGAUUCUUAACAUCCUAAAUAAAAUGUAAAACUAGGGCAGGGAUUAUGGAAUGACUUUACUGCAGUGAUCUUGAUCCCUGAAGCUUGGCUUAGCUACUCUACCACCAGUCCGGGGUCCUUGGUCUUUGGCUGUUGGUCAUAAUGAAAAAAUCUGUGUGGCCAACUAGUGUUCAACUGAUCGCCACCUGUUAACGUAUGGCCCUGGAAGGGGCUGUGUUUGCGUUUGCAAUAGGUGGUGGCCAAUCCAUAUCUCUGGGCAUCUACCUUAGCUGAUGAGUGAAAGGAUACAUUGAGUACAUGCAUUUGGGAGAGGGGGCAACCUGCCCUCCCAGCUCUAAUAUCCAUUAUUGUUCUCUUGGCUUGUGAACGCAGAGAGUAGAGAAAACAGGAGCGGGAGGAUAUUGGUCUGGGGUAUGAGGCUUUGAUGACUGCUGUGAGCAAAGCUACCAAGGAAAGUGGCUAAUAGCCCUCUUCCAAGGCUUCCAUCUCCUUCACCCAGAAGGCUUUCUAGAGCCAUUUACCUUUUUCUCCUAGCACCUGUGCUCUGGUGUUGGGAAUGCUGCUGUCGUGCACUAUUGCAUCUGGAGUUGGAGCUUCUAGAAGGUGAAUUUUUUUUAGUGCAGCUAGCUUCUCAGAAUCUCCACUACUGGCCACAGCUGAGGUGACCGCUCCCUGCCUCAUCCCCAGGUGACCUCCCUCCUGUGCAACAAGCAGAGAGGAACGGUGGGCCAGUGAUCCUCUCAGGAGCUCUCCUGGCUUUCCCCCACAUUUUCCUUGCUCUGUGUCUGCAAGGGCAGGCCUGGUGCUUCAUACCUUUAGAACACAGCACUGUAUUUCCCACUCUUUUCCCCCAGGUAACUUGCAGCCCUGUGUCCCCUCUUGCCCUUACCAAACAGGUAAUAUCAAAUUGAUCUUACACGACUGUUUUUUAUGACUAUCAUCUAAAACCAAAGAGCCCCUGGAGAUUUUGCUACUUUCUUGCACUCUUUACCUUUUGCUGCUAAGGGUCUAAAUACGCUACCAUUGGUCCAGGAGUGUGGGGGUUGUGUCUGGGCACAUCAGGGCCCACAUCAUGGAAUCUCUGAUCUUCCUGUACCUGUUGUGGAAGAGUGAGCGGCCCCUCCUUCCUCUCUGGCUGCCAUGCAUUGAAGGCAGGAAUGGCUGGGUGAUGGUUGAUCAAUGUGACUAGCUUUCCUCCUACCACCUCAGCGCACUUUUUACCUGCUUUUCUGUACAACUAGCAUGAGCCAACUGUGACCUAAAGGUUUGUGGUCUAUCCCAUGGUCUGCCCCCUUUAUAGUGUAGGAUGUACCCUGUGGCGUUUAGUGGGCCCCCAGCAGGCAGUGCUCCAUCUUGCACCUGCUGUAAUGAAGGUGGAGCUAGCUGGGACCAUGUCAUCUCUGCCUUUAAGGCAAAAAGCAGGUAAUGUCUGCUCCGUCUUACACAAGGGAGGCACAGCCCUGAUGUUCUCUAGGUCACUGGGAAGACUGAGUGUCCUUGUACUCCUAAGAGCCUCAGGGGACUAGGACAGAGGGUUGUCAAGUAAACAUAACCUCAGAUUUUCUUCAAUCCAGACAGGACUUUCUGGGGACAGGCCAUCACUUGGUGGAGGAGGGGGCUUAUGCCUUUCCUGUUCUUGCCUGCUUGGGUUUUUUUAACCUACCACCAAUGUGGUAAACCUGACUCUUAACACAGUUGUGACCGUUCAGUUGUAUACAGGCUACUCCCAACAGCAGUGUGCCGAUAUUCCCAGGUGCUCAAUGUUAAAAACCCCGGGGCAGCAGAAAAUGGCUUACUGGUUUGGUUUUUUAAGUGGCCUUUCUUUUUUUUGCCUAAAAUAUUCAUAUAGACUCAUCUUUCUUCUCCCUCUCCUUAAACUUUGCAGGCUUUCACUAAAUACAUCUUUCAACUUUUUUUAAAUUUUUUAUUCUAUUGAGAUCUAUUGAGAUUGGAAACUCUGAAGACAACAGAACCACAUGCUCUCCUGGGGUUUCUCUUUCCAUUCAGUGUAUGCCAUGGCAGCUGGCUUUUCGAAGCACCGGUGUAGCUCUUCUACCUGCCAUCUGCAGUGUGAAAGCAAAAGACUUCCUGCUUCUGCAGUUGAUAGCUUUUUUUAAUGGCUGCUUUGAUUAAAAAGAAAAAAAUAAUAGUGGGGUUGAAAGGAGGAGUCCUAGCCACACCUCCUCAUUUUGAACAGAUUCCAUAUUUAUUGGUGAAGGAAAAACAUCCUGGGAGAAGAGAUGUUGCUUUUAUUUACCUUUGCUAUUUUCUUCUACCCUUCUUGAAAAGAAGUCCCUCCCUUUUUUGGUUAACUCUUUCUAACUGAGGAUAGGCAGAGAUUGCUCCUUUUAUUUUUGUAUUUUUUAGCAAUGGGAAUCUCCUUAGACACUCUAAGAUGUCUUUGCAAUAUGCAAAGGAAACUGCUCAUAGCUUUUUAAAUAUUAGAGAUGACAGUCUGCCAACCUCUGCCCCUGCAGUUCUAGAGAUAACAUGCAGGCCUUCCUGUCCUCAUUAACAGGAACAGACUGUCUGUUUCUCUGGUCCCUGGAAGAGAAAGGGUUAAGCAAUUAAACAUUUUUGUUCUAGU